AUGUUGACCAGAGGUAUCAGAGCCGGCGCCGUCGCCGCUCGCAGAGUCAACCUCCUCAGAGGCUUGGCCACCCAGCAACCCACCCAGCAGAUCCCCAACCACAACGUCAUCAUCGACCACACCUCCGGCCGCGUCGUCAAGCUCACCGACCCCGCCGAACCCGAAUACGGCGACUACCCCUACGUGUUCAACCCGACGUUGGCUCAAAACAAGUCGCCCUACAAGCGGUACGACGACCCCCAGAACCGCAGAAACCGCGACGACCCCGUCAACAUCAACGACGACUUAUACGACAUCUGGUCGCCUGACUACUUCCAGUUCGUCUCCGACAAGACCGCGGUCAAGCACAACGUCAUCUUCUUCAGUUUGGUGUUUGGCUUUGGUGCGUUGAUCUACUACUUGCAAUUGAACCCGGAGAAGCCGGCGAUGCCCCGGUCGUACCCUAAGGACGGGCUCGCCCAGCUGUUGGGUGCCGGCAGUGACAAGGACGCCGCCAUCUACCAGGCGAGACCCGACCCCGAGGCCGACGCCACCUUGAAGGAAUUGCCCGCCGACCCGGAGAUCCAGGCGCAAACCAAGGCUUACCUCGAAAAGAAUAAGGACUUCAUCGCCGCCUAA